UAAAGUAUAAGGUCCUAGCCCCUACACACUCAAAUAAGAACAAAAAACGAUGCCGUAUCAGUCCCUACUACCUCAAACGACAGCGUUAGAUUUGCAGAGUGGUGAUCUAAAAUGGGCCCAAGCCCAAAUAAAGAAUGAAAUUAGCAGCAAUGGACUCGGCCUGGGAAUGGUAAGCAUAGCAUAAAGCAUGUUGGUUAAUCAAAAUGAAAAAUCAUUUUCAGUCAAAUAGAAGGUACACAUCAGCCCUUGUGUGUGGCUUAAUAUGAAUUGAUCACACUUACUUUAAGUUUUGCCUUUGUUUCUCUCAUCCUAUGCUCUUAAGCUACUCAAUCACCACACCCCACAACACACAUGGAAGUUAAAUCAAUAUCAACAUCCACCACCUUCUCUCUCUUUCUCUUCUACAACUAUUUAUAUACAAUUUGGCUCAUGCAAUUCUACCACAUAAAAUAUAAUUCUCCUCACUUGUUUCCUCAAUUGUACCAAAAAUGAGAAACUAUUUUCUCCUACUUUUCUUCACCCUAUCCCUUCUAUUGGGCCAAUCCAGACCCGACCCUGACCCACUUCAAGAUUACUGUGUUGCUGAUAACAAAGGUGAAUUUUUCCUUAAUGGGGUGCCCUGUAUCAACCCAGAUAAAGUUACAGCCUCACAUUUUCUGACAUCUGCAUUGUCUAAGAAUGGUAACACUAGUAACCAAUUUGGCUUCAGUGUCACAGCCACCAACACUGUUAAUCUUCCUGGGCUUAACACAUUGGGCCUGGUAUUGGCCCGGGUUGAUAUAGCGGCGAAUGGGAUCGUGCCACCUCACUCGCAUCCACGGGCCUCCGAAGUGACCACUUGCCUCAAGGGCCAGCUUCUUGUGGGCUUUAUUGACACAAAUAACCGUGUUUUUACCCAGAACCUGAAGCCCGGUGAGUCUUUUGUGUUCCCAAAGGGCCUGAUACAUUUCUUGUCCAAUAAUGAGUUAAGGGAACCGGCACUGGCCCUUUCUGGUCUAAAUAGCCAGAACCCAGGUACUCAAAUUGCAUCACUUGCAACAUUUGCUAGCAAACCUGCUAUUUAUGAUGAAAUUCUCAAGAAGGGUUUCCAAAUUACUGGCAGAGAAGUGGAAACAAUUCGUAGAAACCUUGGAGGAUGAUUAAAUAGAUUAUGCUGGUAAUCGAGGUCAUCCAAUUACUGUCACCAAUAUGCUUAAUUUGUUAUUGCAUUUUGCUUGGGAUUCUAGGUGGGAACAUGGUGUUAGAUUCACAUAUUUAAAAUGUCAGAUUGCGUAUUUAAAAUGAACAGAAAGAGACAUCCAAACCGUCAUGUUAGAACAUUACAUGUUUAAUAAUCAAAUUAAAAUCAGAUGGCUGAUCUGAGUCAUGUAUUGAAUAUUAUUAUGGAGUGAAAAGUAUUCUUGUCCUUUUUUUAA